UUAGAACGACUAGCUCCAGAGCUUCGGCUGAGCUCCGCGUUCCUCCUCUUCGGUUCUCAGCUUUUAAAGUGAAAACAAUACGUCUGGGGGGAAAAAAAAUCCCUCCCUUUCGCGCCGCUGAUAGGCUCCGCCAGAAUAGCAACAGGCCGGGUCACCGAAAAGGGCAAAGCCUGCGGCAGCGGAAAAAAAAGUUACUCGCGGAUCGCCUUAGUAACUUUCAGAUUUUAUCCUGCUGCCAUGAGAAGAGCGGUGAGACUCAACGCCGAUUUGGAGCGCCUGGGGAAGGCGGCCGCCUUGUAAAGGCGUUGAGUCUCGAAGGGCCCCUGGGCUUUCUCAGGCUCCAGCCAUGUUACUCGGGCAGAACAAGGAGGACCUCAGUCCGAAAAGCCAGAGCGAGACAGAAGAGGGUACCGCAGACAGAAGCUUUCACAAGCCUCCAGCUCAAACAGGUUGUGGAAUGUUCACUCUCCUGUCUUCUGUCAUUGCUGCCAUCAGUGGAUUUUUGAUGGGUUAUGAGCUUGCAGUUAUCUCUGGAGCUCUUCUUCAGCUAACCAGCAUCCUAACACUUUCGUGCCGACAACAAGAAAUAAUUGUAAGCACAGUUCUUGUUGGUGCCUUGUUAGCUUCAGUAACUGGUGGAAUCCUGAUAGACAAAUAUGGGAGGCGAUUUACCAUUAUGUUGUCAUCUGCUUUACUAGUUGUGGGCAGUCUGAUUCUGAUCAUUUUUGCCUCCUUUGAACUACUUAUAGUGGGACGGAUUGUGAUAGGGGUUUCCGUUUCCCUUUCUUCAACUGCAACCUGUGUGUAUAUCGCAGAGAUUGCCCCGCAGCACAGAAGAGGCUUGCUUGUGUCUUUAAAUGAACUCAUGAUUGUUACGGGCAUUUUCUGUGCCUACAUUUCUAAUUAUGCCUUUGCUAAUGUAUCCCAGGGUUGGAAGUACAUGUUCGGCCUUGUUAUCCCACUGGGGGUUUUACAAAUAGUUGCUUUAUAUUUUCUUCUGCCCAGUCCUCGUUUUUUGGUUAUGAAAGGUUUCGAUGAAGCUGCUAGUAAAGUACUUGGAAAACUCAGGGCAACUUCGGACACUACUGAAGAACUCACCAUGAUCAAAUCUUCCUUGAAAGAUGAACACCAAUAUCAUUUUCUGGAUUUGUUCCAUUCCAAAGACAACAUGAGAACACGGAUCAUGAUAGGGAUUGCUCUCGUUUUUUUUGUACAAAUAACUGGACAACCCAACAUCUUGUUUUACACAUCCACUGUUUUGAAAUCAGUUGGAUUCCAGAGCAAUGCAGCAGCUACUCUGGCCUCAACCGGGGUUGGAGUGGUUAAAGUGAUCAGUACGAUACCAGCCAUUCUUUUUGUGGACCAUGUAGGAAGCAAGACAUUUCUCUGCAUUGGCUCAUCCCUCAUGUCGGUGUCAUUGAUCACCUUAGGAUUAGUGAUGCAUAAUAUACAUGUGAAUGUCACCACUAUCUGUAAAAACCAGUCUUUGGAAGAGAUCCUGUUUCAGGGAGCAGGAGCCGUGACCUUCACCAAUGAAACUUUUAAGGAACAUUUUGCUAGCACGACUUUACCUGUUAGAAGUUCACGAUGGAAAGGUGAAACUGCUGACCCAGAGUAUCAGAACGGGACAACGUUGCCAGGAGACAAACCGUUUGCCAGAAUUCAUUCAGAAUCCCAGGUUGCAGUUGAACCUGCAAAGGUGCAACCCUUUCUGAAAUGGCUCUCUUUGGCUAGCUUGCUGGUUUAUGUGGCAGCUUUCUCCAUAGGACUUGGACCAAUGUCGUGGUUGGUGUUAAGUGAAAUAUUUCCUGGAGGGAUCAGAGGAAGAGCAAUUGCUUUCACAUCAAGCAUCAACUGGGGGGUUAAUCUCCUCAUUUCAUCAACAUUUUUGACUAUAACAAACCUGCUUGGCUUACCCUGGAUAUGUUUCAUUUAUGCGCUGAUGAGCCUAGCUUCAUUAGCUUUUGUCAUUAUCUGUAUACCAGAGACAAAAGGAUGUUCUUUAGAGCAAAUAUCCAUGGAUCUGGCCAAACAAAAGCACGGCAAGAAUCCUUUUUGUUGGAUGGGCCAGCAGCAGGACCAGUUGAUUGGCUCAACUAUAGAACUUUCUAAUAAAGAUGCCAACGAACAGUUCUUCUAGGCCAAAACAGAGGCAGAUGGCUGAGUCACUACGACCAGAACUAGCUUUCCUAAAGGACGAGAUGGUAGAAUUCAUAGAAAUCCUGCCGCUACAUCUGAACGCUUAGUGUCUUACUCUAAAUUAGCUUUCUCCUGAUUUUAUUUUAGAGGACUUUUUUGGUCAGUCAACGUUAUAAAAUAAUGAAAUUUGCACAUUUUUAAACACAGAGCUGUAAUGAUAUUUCUAUGGAACAUAAUAUAGUCGAUAAUACAAAAUGAGAAAUUUGUGCCAACUUAUCUUUUAGAGAGUAAAAUAUUGGGGUCGUGCUCAGCACCCUUGUGCAACUGUACUUGUGCUUUUUAGGCCUCCCGGUAUUAGCCAAGCUAUUUAAAAGGAAGGACGCUGACUAUUGCUUUGUGCUAAGUCGUGAACACACAAACUGUAUUACAGGUAGUGCUCAGAUUAUAUCCAGUUGCUCAGCAACCAUUCAAAGUUAGGAUGGCACCGAACGAAGGGGACUUACGACUGAUCCUUGAAGUUGCGGCUGUUGCAGCAUCGCCGUGGUCUCACGUGACCAUGAUUUGGAGCACUUGGCAACCAGCUUGCAGUUAAAUCAGUUGCAGCAUCCUGCAGUCACAUGAUUGCCAUUGGUAACUUUUUCUGCCUGCUUCCUACAAGCAAAGUCAAUGGGGAAGCUGGCAGGGAAAAUCACAAGUUGCUCUCACAGCCGUGCUCUGCAGCACCUGCCCGUGGUAUCUGCCUAGCCCAGGGUUAGGCAACCUCGGCUCUUUUAUGACUCAUGGACUUCAAC